AUCCUUUAUCUUCUCAACCAUUAUAUACACUUGGUGGUAAUAAACAUUACGAGUUAAUGUAUAGUUUGGGUGUAUCGUUGUUAUACGCUGGUAAAGCUGCAAAAGCGUUUGAUUGCUUCACAGAAGUAGCUCAAAAAAAAAACAAUAAUCCUAAACUCUGGCUCAGAAUGGCAGAAUGUUGUAUCUAUAGUCAUAAAUAUUCAAAUGAAGUUGAUUUCAAUAUUCCGAAACGACGUAAAGAUUUGGUGCAGAAAAUAAUAGGUUCUGGCAUCCAUAAAAAAAUCAUAUUAGCCACAGCUCUUUCAAAGGAUAUUAGAUAUCAUUCGGAAGGUCUAUCCUACGCAAUCCCGCAACCAACAUUGGAAUUUGGUUAUUUAUGUCUGAAGAAUGCUUUACUUUUACUACCGAGCAAUAACGAACCGAAUGUGCCUGUAACAACUGUGGUGAAUUCAGUGUCAUCACUAUCCACAUUAACAUCUGGUCACAACUUAGGUAUUCAACAUAUAACGUUAAUGUCACGAGCUACAGCUAUCGAAUCUUUUAAUUUAAAAAUUAGCAUCUUGGCUGCUAGCGCUUAUGUCUCUUUAUGUCUUGGAGAUUAUAUACUUUCUCUUGAACAUGCAAAAACUCUGUUAAGCUUUAACAAGUUGCCUGGAGCAUAUAAAAUGUUAGGCAACUUGUAUGCUGCUGAAAGUUUGAUAUUCAUGGACAAAAUUAACGAAGCACUCGAAUACCUCAAGUUAGAAAAUCUUCAAGAUUUAAAUACAUUUAUAUCAGUACCAGAAAAUCAAGAGAAGGAUAAAGAAAAAAUGGAAGAUAUCAUGGUAAAGCCUAUAAAAGCAUGGUAUCCUAAAACAGUUUCAUCAGGCACUGCUGUGGUACGUUACAAUUUGGCUGUGGCUUAUGCUAUACGAGGCGAAUUAGACAAAUCUGGAGAGACCUUGAAACAA